AAAGUCCCAACCGGAAAUGAAAUUUUCGAGUGCGUCGGGUCGUCACGUGACCACCGACAGUUUCUUUCCGGAUGUGACUUUUUUUGACAGGCAGUUAGUCUUGAAAAGCCAGGAUGCUGCCCCGUCACUUGCGUAGCUUCGUCGUCGCCCAGCAUGCGCGUCUGCCAGCCCGGCUGUCGUCCAAGGCUUUCCCACCGCCGUUCCGGAUACCCCCAGCACCGCAGUACUCGUGCUCAUCGUUUCCUGCCGGAUCCCGCUCGUUUCACGCUUCGUGUCGACGUCGGAACGAAGUUCCCAAGUCUCCGUUCCAGACAUUCGUGGAAGUCCUGCGAGAGGAACUGCGCAAGAAUCGCGAGUUGCAGGACAACGUCAAGCAGCUCCAGGGAGACGUGGACAAGCUGCAGGACUCGGAGGCGAUGAAGCGUGCAAGGGAUAUGUACGAGCGUGCCAGGUUGACAUCGAGCAUUAAAGAGAACCCUCGUUUGAGAGCGGCUGCAGAGGAACUCAAGAAAGCCGGUAUUAAAGUUGGCGAUGCAGUCUCCGAGGCACUCAAGACGAUGGAGGAAAGUGAGAUCAUGCGAGCGAUCUCCCGUGCGACGUCUUCACUAUCUAGCACUAUCGCUCAAACUACAGAACCAAUUCGGAAUACUGCCGCCUACAAAACUCUCGCAGAAACUCUCGUCGAUGCACUCGACGACUCGGGUUCCGCCAAACACGCUGGGUUUGAGAGCAAAGAAGCCAGGCGCAAACGUCGACAGAGACGCCUGGAGAAGGCCGGUCUUGCUGGUAGACGCGUCGUUGAAAAUACAGAAGCCGGUCAAGCACUCGUCUCGGUGAAACCUUCACCUCGACAAGAAGCUUGGGAGCAAUUCAAAUCCACGAAUCCGCUCAUGCAACAACUCUCGUCCCUCCGCGCUGCCUACCAAGAAUCAGAAUCACCUCUGAUUACCCCGAUACGCUCGGUCACUUCUGCGAUCGGCUCAUGGUUCGAAGAGACCGAAGUAGCACAAGUGACGCGGAUGAUGAGAGCACUCGACCCGCACUUCUCGAGAGAGGCGUUCGAGAGGGAGCUGAGAGAGUAUAUCGUUCCCGAAGUUGUAGAUGCAUAUCUCAGCGCAGACAAAGAGGCGUUGACGAAAUGGUGUUCUGAGGCGAUUUACAAUGUGCUGUGGGCAACGAUGGAACAAUACCUUCGUCAGGGACUCAUCAGCGAUAGCAAGGUCUUGGAUAUCCGUCAAGUCGACGUCUCCGAUGCCAAAAUUCUGGAGAACGAGGUUCCUGUGUUUGUGGUGACGUUUUCGACACAAGAAAUGCUCCUCUUCCGGAACCCUGUCUCGCGUGAAAUUGUCAUCGGCGCCGAAAACCGUGUCGAGCAAUGCGUAUACGCUGCUGUCCUAACCCGUGUUGCAGAGGAGAUCUCAGACGAGUUGACAGGCGGAUGGAAGGUUGUCGAGAUGGCGCGUAGAUCCGCACGGGCAUAUCUUUAGCCUACCCGUUUCAUCCUCUUUCACUCCAUCAUCAUGUUCGUCGUUCAACACCUUCUGCCUAUCCAGUUAUCAUAGACUGUUGCAUCCACUACGCACGGUGCGCCCACUUACAUAGCCAAGUAGCAUAAUAUCCAGUUCAUCGAUUGGACUCACUGCACAAAUUCACCACUCAUACAGUUCUGCGGGUCUUGGACUUAUCGUGUUCUGAGCGGUCUCUUCUUCUCGGCCUGUUUAUCGCGCUGCGUAAAAGUAUUUCGGGUGGUUCAACAUAAUGAGAUACCUUAGGGUCUCGUCGGGGAAUAAUAAUCCUGCGUAAGCUUUGUCAGAUAUCGCUAUAGAGUCACGAAAUGAACAACGCAAAUUCACG